AUGCACCCGCCAUUGUUUGGCGCCUACGAGUGGAAGCUCUUUCCCAUGAUAGCGAUCGUGACUCCUCGCCAGCUGACCAACAGUAUUAAGGAGGACGAGGUUGACGUCAUUCUGGCAGCAAAGGAUGGUCGAAUCAUGCGAAACCGAAGCGAACAAUUUUGCCAUCAUCCGGAAUCCGGUCAGUGUAUCCACUGUGUGCCGUUGGAGGAAACACUUGGGACACUUUUCGCUUUGAAACUUAUGUACUCUGGCACUUUUAGAGGCAAAUUCGUUCGCUUGGAAAACGUCGUCUGUACCAUAAAACCCGGCUGUCCAGACCACCCGGCCUGGCCAGAAGGCAUUUGCACCAAGUGUCAGCCAAAACCCAUCACACUCGAAGUACAAGCCUACCGUCACGUGGAUUACGUGCAAUUUGAGAACGGCCAGAUAAUGGAGACAUUCCUGGAUUAUUGGCGCUCGACGGGUAACCAGCGAAUCGGCGUACUUCUGGGUCGCUACAUACCCUUUGAUACACCAGGUGCUCCUCCGCUUUCAAUUAAGGCCGUCGUAUCAGCCAUCUACGAGCCGCCUCAGGAGUCAACCAAUCGGUCUGUUACUCUCCUCUGCCCACUCGAGGAAUUGCUCCCACCACCUGUUUUAGCGACCGCCAAUGGUCUCGAUCUGCGUCCGGUUGGUUGGAUUUUCACCGACCUCACACCAGAGGACGGCAACAAGGGCACAGUGCUUCACUAUCGUGGAUCCAUUGUACGUUCCACCCAAAAGCGCCUUAUCAGUAGACUGUAG